GGGAAGUGCUGUUUCUGAUUCCACAACGGAAAUACACUACCCAUAAGCACCAAUAUUUAUCGUUGACUCGGUCGGCAUAUCCCGAGGAUGUGACAUGUAUCUCCGUGUGAUGUUUACACUUUGUUACAGUUCUUUGUCUCGAGCAUAAUACAUCAUGAUGUCUGGGGCAUAGAUACAUGUUUUUUUUGUUGUAUGAGAAACAUUGCCAUCAUACCAUUUUUGGAUCAAGAAUUUUCGGGUCAACAUUUUCAGAACUUUUUUGUUUCUUGUUUUUUUUCAGCACUCGAAAUAGCCGAGGCGGCUCAUACGAAAACUCCAGGAUAAGGUAUCCGGUAGUUCUACAGAGCAGCAGCCAUGGUGUUGAUCCUGGGCAGACGGCUGAACAGGGAGGAUUCUGGGACCCGGGACUCUCCCGCUGUCAAACGAAAGGUGUUCGAGGUGGACUCCAAGACGCUGACCGGUAAUGAAGUGCUGGACUUCUCCUCCGGCUCCUCCCACUCAGAGGCCAUUUUGCAGGUGUUCAAUGAGUUCCGCGACAGCCGGCUCUUCACCGACGUGGUCAUCAGCGUGCAGGGCCGCGAGUUCCCCUGCCACCGCGCUGUGCUCUCUGCCUGCUCCUCCUACUUCCGCGCUAUGUUCUGCAACGACCACCGUGAGUCGCGUGAGAUGCUGGUGGAGAUCAACGGCAUCCUGGCCGAGGCCAUGGACUCCUUCCUCAGCUACGUCUACACGGGCCGCGCCAAGAUCACCACCGACAACGUGCAGUUCCUCUUCGAGACCUCCAGCCUCUUCCAGAUCUCCACGCUGCGUGAAGCCUGCGCCAAGUUCCUAGAAGACCAACUAGACCCUUGCAACUGCUUGGGCAUCCAGCGCUUCGCCGACGCCCACUCUCUGAAACAGCUGGCCAGCCGCUGCCGCUUGUACGCCCUGGCCAGCUUCCCUGACGUGGCCCAACACGAGGAGUUCCUGGACCUGAGGAGGGACGAGCUGGAGGAGUACAUCUGCAGUGACGAACUGGCCAUCGGGAAGGAGGAGGUGGUGUUUGAGGCAGUGAUGCGCUGGGUGUACCACAGUGUGGAGCCCCGGAGGCCCGUGCUUAAAGAACUCUUGCACCACGUCCGUCUGCCCCUGCUGCACCCCAACUACUUUGUCCAGACAGUGGAAGGAGAUCAGAUCAUCCAGACCGCUCCAGAGUGCUACCAGCUCCUCCACGAGGCCCGACGGUACCACGUACUGGGCAACGAGAUGAUGUCACCCAGAACCCGCCCACGCAGGUCGACAGGCUUCUCAGAGGUGAUCGUGGUGGUGGGGGGCUGUGAGAGGGUGGGGGGGUUCAACCUGCCUUACACAGAGUGUUACGACCCUGUGACAGGAGAGUGGAAGUCCCUGGCCAAGCUCCCAGAGUUCACCAAGUCAGAGUACGCCGUCUGUGCCCUCCGCAACGACAUCCUGGUCUCAGGGGGCCGUAUCAACGGCAGAGAUGUGUGGAUGUACAACUCUCAGCUCAACCUAUGGAUCCGAGUUGCUUCACUCAACAAAGGACGCUGGAGACACAAGAUGGUGGUCCUACUGGGGAAGGUCUAUGCAGUGGGAGGGUAUGACGGUCAGAGUCGUCUGAGCAGUGUGGAGUGCUAUGACUCCUUCUCUAACCGCUGGACAGAGGUGGCUCCCAUGAAGGAGGCGGUCAGUUCUCCGGCCGUGUCCAGCUGUGCUGGGAAGCUCUUCGUCAUCGGGGGAGGGCCCAAUGACAACACUUGCUCUGAUAAGGUCCAGUGCUAUGAUCCAGAGGCAGACACCUGGGCGCUAAGGGCAAGCAUCCCCAUCGCUAAGCGCUGCAUCACGGCGGUCUCCCUGAACAACCUGAUCUAUGUGUCAGGUGGUCUAACCAAGUCUAUCUUCUGCUACGACCCUGCGGAGGACUACUGGAUGCACGUGGUGCACACCUUCAGCAAACAGGAGAGCUGUGGCAUGUCGGUGUGUAAUGGGAAGAUCUUCAUCCUGGGUGGGCGGGGUGAGAACGGCGAGGCCUCUGACUCCAUCCUGUGUUACGACCCGGCAACAGGCAUCAUCACCGGCGUGGCGGCCAUGCCUCGCCCCAUCUCUUACCACGGCUGUGUCACCAUCCAUCGUUACAACGAGAAGUUUCACCACCGGCCCUGACCCCACAAACACACACACAAACACACAGGCUUGUACAUAAACAUGCUUUAAAAGACAUUCACUCACACAAAAAGAUUCUUCAGACACGCGCUUUCUAAUAAGGGUGCAAAUAGACAUGCACACACUGUCAACCUUUUUGUUUCCUCUCAAGAAGCAACUCAUUUAGAAAUUCAGACCACAGCCCCAGUUUCAGUUUCACUUGUUUCCUUAUUGUCCCAUGAAGCAACACUCUGGUGCUGGUAUUGUGGUAUUCCUGCUAUGCUAUUCCAGAUCCAUCUAUGUUGACAGUUGACUUUGUUAAGGUGGUUGUUCAAUGGAAAACCAAACCAUAGACAGGCUGGUAUGCCUCCAGACACCACUAUGUCUGUGUUUAGAUAGAGCCUUCAUGGAGCCCGUGGCAGGAUCAGAUCAGAGCAGGCAGGCAUGCGCCAGGGUUGUGGCGGUCAUGACAUUUUGUCGGCUGGUGAUUUUCAAGCAAAUAACUGCCGGUGUCACGGUAAUUAACCGUUAAUUAACAUAAACACAUUUAGCAUCUCCUGGCGUCAUAAAUGUGAUUAAUGAUUGUAGUGCAUUAUGAUCUUCCCCAAACUUGGAACUCACAAUCCGCAUAUGUAUAUCAGUUAUUCUCCACACCGGUUGUAAAGGGAUUCAUGUGCUUCAUUCUAAGAAGUUAUUUGACCACUUGAGUUGAAAUACUAACCUUAUCAAAACAUAUAGGCCUAUAGGUUAGGCUACAUUAGGUGUGCGACUAUGAUUUGAAAAAGUCGCCAAAAAAAGGCAUGCACUUUUUCUUGUCUUACUGGACACACUGGGCAUCAUUCACAAGUGAUAAUACAUCAUUCACAAGUGAUAAUACACCAUUCACAAGUGAUAAUACACCAUUCACAAGUGAUAAUACACCAUUCACAAGUGAUAAUACAACAUUCACAAGUGAUAAUACACCAUUCACAAGUGAUAAUACACCAUCCACAAGUGAUAAUACACCAUUCACAAGUGAUAAUACACCGUUCACAAGUGAUAAUACACCAUUCACAAGUGAUAAUACACCAUCAGACUAUUCUUAAUUUUUGUCUUUACUGUACAUAUACUAAAUCAUAUAUGUGUGAAAUUAGUUUUGAUUUUGAAUGAACCAUUAUCAUACACUUGUCUCAGAAUAGGGGCAGGGGGAAAAAUAUGUGUAAUCUAUGCACUUAAAUAGCAAAUGGAGGACUCUUUUCCCCUGGUUAAUUUUCAUUCCUGCCAGGUAGGCUGUACUCCUGUUGUAAAGAUAAGCAUUGUGCUUAAUAUUAGGAAGGUUGAGAAAUAAAUAUAGUAGGCCUAGUCUAUAGAAAACUGAUGGGAGCCUCCUCUUUUUAGUAGAAGCCAUCACUCUGUUUUCUCACACAAUUGCAUAGCCUAUUGAAAAGUUGCACAACGUGCUCAUGAACUAUCAUGAAGUGUUUGAUUAGAUUUUCCAUGACAUUUGCAUUGAUGUCAGAGUGAUUAGAGGGACAAUAGAGUGCUGAGUACCAGGCAGUUAUUAAGUUUGGUAGGCUACUAAUGACCACCAGCAGCAUCAGAGCGCAGUUUUGGAGAAGCCUAGUUACCGUGACUAAAGAGUCGCGUGGAAUUUGACUGCGGUCAUGACUUGUGAAUGGCGGCACAGUGGUAAUAUGGUCACUAACAGCCCUAGACAUGCCUAGCAGCAGUGAGUAGCAGCUCCUCAUCUUCUCUUCCUAAGAACCAGAGAUAGUCUAUAUCUGCACAUCAAAGAGCACAAUCUUUGAUGGACAGAUAGGGAGUCGUGAUAGUGGAUGAAACAAAGUGUUGCUUUUAGAGAUUAUCUCCUUAAUCUUCAGGUGUUCAGGUGGACAAGUACUGACAGAUAGUGAAUUGUGAUAGUGAACAGGAAAGCUUUGAUUCAGACUUGAGAGAAAUUCAUAGGAAUCUGCCACUGAUUGACAAGGGGUGGUACAGUAAUUCUUAGAACCCAGUUUUAAAAGGCAAUAUGCAUUCCAACCAUCUUAAAAUGGCCUCCUCUUUCUUCGUAACCACUUGAUAGUAUCAUGUAAAUUGGAACAGUAUCAUGGAAUGUAUCAAGCACCUGGAUUCCAGAGGGUAGGAAUGUGGUUCCAUGACUUCAAUUUUAUAUGUCGUUAAGCAGUGAUUGUUUGGUAUAAAACAAAACAAGCUGGCCUAUGCUUAUCCAAAAACAGAGGCCAUGUCCAAAUAGAACGAAACGUCUUAUUUUCAUUGUCUUCUUUUGUCUCAUUGCCACUAAUUUCAAAUGACAUUAAUUUUAGGAAGCUACCUCCUGCUGUGGUCUGAACUCUGAUGCCGCUGGCUCCUAUUUCCUUUUCCUGUUAGAGGUUCCCUUACUUACUCUUUCCAUAUCAUCUCUUUCCUCUUCUCAUAUCCUACCUCUUAUCACUGACACUUUCAUCAUAACUCCCUUGAAUCUUUGCUACACACACACACACACACUGAUUUUGUGUGUUUUUGUUGUUGUUCAAUUUAUUAAAUUAUAUUUGUCUUUUUUACUUUGGAUAUGUGUGCUGAUUUUAUACCUUGUGCUUGGAGGUGUGCUUGUUGCUACAUAGAGUUUAGAUAGUUGGUUUGGAUGUUGGGUGUGUGGGUGAUUUAGUCAAUAUCAGCAGGGCCGUUUUCUAGCAUUUUGGGGGCCCAAAGAGAGAUUUGGUUUGCAGAGAGCAAAUGUUGCAUUAUUAAAGCUAAUUUCAUGCAGUUCUACACAUUUUGCCAUGGUUUGGGGGCCCAAUAGCGGCCGGUUAUGUCGCGUGUGCCUAGAAACAGCACUCGAUAUCAGAUGCCUUAGUAGAUGAAGUCUCAAAGACUGUUAUAAGUGAGUGGUAUAUUGGGUGAUUUUUAUUAUAUGUAAACCAGUUAUAGCUUUAUAUCAUAACAGUCUGUUUACUAUUGUGCUGCUUACCCAGUGGCCUUGCCUCAUAUAUGCAAAUUCUAUAGAACUCUGUGCCAUACAUAGACAAUGGCACCUCUCACCUGUAUACUCAUACAAUGUAUAGCUCAUGUACACAAUGUAGCUCGGGGUAACCAUGGAAACCUCCAGGUGUGUGUGCCGUUGACUUUACCGAGCUGACACCUGUGUAUUAACUCAUAGGAUAUGAUUGAUUGGCAGGUGUGAUGGUGGUAAUUGUAAGUCUUGAUUCUGGUCAGUAAAAGUCGCCUUUUACUUUUGUGUCGUUAGAAUAAGAGAUGAAUUGCUGUGAAUUGAUGUAUUGCUGUGAUACAGUGACGUUGAGGCCUUGUCUUUGUGUCAUUAGAAUAAGAGAUGAAUUGCUGUGAAUUGAUGUAUUUCUACGGUGACGUUGAGGCCUUCUCUUUGCCACAAUUUUAUUCAAAUGUUCUGUCAUCCUUGUUUGCAUGUGGUUUGUGUCUUUUUGCUGUGUUUUUGUAUCCGAGAUUGUGCACUUUUACUAUUAUAUCACAAUGUAAAUAUGAUUUUUUUUAUUUCCUUUUAUUACUGUAUCAGUAAAUGCUAUUUGCUUUCAUGUGACGUAUGUGAGUGGGGUGAAUGGAGCCUGUCAGCGCCUCGUACUGGUCUGCCUGCUAUUGCUGUGGGUCCCCACAAAUAGCACAACUAUAAUAUGUCAGAUCAAGAUCAACACAGGGACAGAAAGAGGGGGAGGGGGGUCGAGGAACAAGCACUACGUUAUUGGGUCAAGGGUCAGGAACUGUUUUGUUUCUCAAUUAUGUUUUUAUUGAAUAAAUCCAAGUGAAAGAAGAUGUGAGGCAUGUUAAUCUGCAUGCCAGUGUUUUGUUGAGAGACUUGUUGUUUCUUGUUGUGGUGGCGAAUGCUGGGAUUGUGUGUGUUGUUGAUGAGUGAUGCUUGUUUUUGACAGUCUGCCACAGGUAAGUCGUCUGCUUUAUAUUGGAUGACUCUCAAGGGGAGAAGUGAUUGUAGGAUGUAAAUGUAGAGUUAGGCAUUUGGCCCAGAUCAAAUCCUUAAGGUGAUGUUUUGAACUUGCUUUCAUGGGAACCCUGGAUUUGAGCUAUGGAUUGAUGAAUUUGUAUAGCCUACAGUACUUGUGUACAAGAUGUGGGCUAGUUCCACCUAGAGAAUGCAAUCCUUUGUGCCUGGAAUAAGACAAUAUUGGAUUCAAAUCUGUCUUUCUGAUAUAUAGGAAACAACAUUAAAUUAAAGUAUGUAUGAUGUGAUAUUCAAAUCUCUCUUUCGCCUUGGUUCUUCUGUUUCUUCUGAAGAUUAGCGUGGACUGUCUGAGCUAUAGUAUGUCGGACUGUAAUUGCUGGCUUAUGUAAAUGAAGCAUCAAUAAAGUUAUUCUCUAUACUGAA